AAAAAGAAAAGGAAAGUUUAAAACUGUUUUUUCGUUCCACAUUCGCUUUCAGCAAACUGGUAGACUGGUUCAGCGAGGAAUGCAGCAGGGCGGCACACAUAAAAGAAGCAGAGCACGCAGAGAGCGGUCGCCUAUGCGCCGUCGCUAGGGGCAGCGGAGUGGGAUUGGCGGUGUGGGUGAAAGGGGUUCGUGAGAGGAAAACGGAAGAGUACUACAACCCCCUGGCAACCGUCAGCCUAGAGAAGAAGAAAAAAAGAAGAGAGAGAGAGGGGGGGAGAGAGAUAGAAAGCGCGUCGCGCGGGGCGCACUACAAACGGCGGCGGGACGGACGACCAGUGGACGCGCGCCGUGCUGCAGUUUGGCCGCAGCGACGCUGGGGCUCGGGUGCGGUGCGGUGUGGUCAACGCGCCGCCAGUGUUGAGGGCGCACCGCAGGAAUGCCUCCUGCUGACGGCCGCGCGACUCGUGAACGUGGUGACGACGUGCCACUCGGUGGUGACGCAGUGCCCACGACGACGACGGCGGCAUCGUUGUCGUAGCAGUGGGUUUGUAAAGGAAAGAGAGCUGUCGCUGGGGUCGCAUCUCAGCGAUGCCGCGCAAGAUCAACUUCAGCGUGGUCCAAGUUAGCGCCGAGGACGAGAACUUCCCCGCCUCUGAACUGAACCUGCACGGACCGACCGUCAAGGGAUGGCUCUCCAAAAAAUAUUCAACAUACCCACAAGAGAUUGUUAUACAGAUGGAGACCAAAUGCCGCAUUUGUCGCAUCCAGAUCCUUUCCCAUCAGUACUGCAUAGCCACCACAAUCGACAUCUACGUGGGCAACGUCCCCAAAGGUCUCGACGUGGCUCUCUACAACGCCCGGUGGACUCAUUUAGGGGAAGUCUCCUUGGCGGACAACUUGCACUCGGAGUACAAGUCACGUGAGCUGAAGUCCGUGCUUGUGGACGCCAUUGGGGACUUUGUCAAGUUUCUUAUCCACGCGAAUCACGUGAAUAAGUACAACGUCUACAACCAGGUCGGAAUCGUUGCGUUAAAUGUCAUAGGGGACGACGUGCAAGGACUAGACGGUUCUGAAGAAGACGAAAAAACCACGUGGCAAACCAUCAUCAAGAGGAACGAGGAGAUCUCGCCCAUGGACGACCUAGCCUUCGACAUGUACGUGGAUACCGAGGUGGCGCAGAUACUGCGAAAGCUCGAGGCCAAGAAGAGGGACGCCAUUGCCGAAGAAAGGUUCGUAUUUGCCAAGAAACUGAAGAACGCAGUCGUGGAGCUUCAAAAGGUGGGCGAGAAGCUGGGCAAGAUGGUGAUCGAGAAGCAGAUGGCCGUCGAGAUGGAGGAUUUUGACCGGGCGCGCCAGAAGAAGCAGCACAUCGAGGAGUACCGCCUGAACGCCUACGAACACCUGCGGCUGCCCGAGCUCAUGGAGAUGGAAGGGUACAACCCGGAGCGGGACUCGGCGCUUCCAGGUACGUUUACGCAAAAACAAUCGAACCGGCUUGCCGUCGAACUUGUCUGCUCAAGUGGCCGCGUCGCAGGGCCUGUACCCCCUCCCGAGAAAGUGGGCAAAGGCCUGCACGUGAGCAUGGACCCGCAGCUGGAAGGGUCAGGGCCGGGCCGCCACGCGGGACCCACCGAACAGCGCGUGGUGUCUCAGCAGCAGCAGCAACAGCAGCAGUCGGCGGCCCGGCCGACCGCUACCAAGGCUCCCAAGAACUCGUACCUCGCACUCGAGAACAGGCUUGUGGCUGGAGCGCGCAAGGUGGAAAGCGAAGAAGACGGCAAAGAAUUGGUCUUGGGUCGGAUGUCGUUGAGGGACCGCCAAGAGGCUGCUCUUCCUAUUGAAGUCUUUGGACUACGGCUGGUGCAGAAGCUGUACUCCAAGAACUUCAUUCAGCGAGAGGAGGCCUUCAAGGAAAUUCAGCGAUUCCUGGAGCGGUACAACUCGCGCCGCAGCCGCCACUCGGCCGAAGACGUGCUCAAGGCCGUGACUUUUCUGCUUCGUAGAGGGGCCCGGGACAAGGUGCUCUCGGUGUUUAUACAGGCCUUGAAUUUGAUGCAGGCAUUGUUCACGCGGUUCACAAUUGUCCAGCGAAUAUCGAAAGGAGACGUGACCGCUGGUAUAAACAAGACUGUUCCGCGGAUUCUCUACCGCACAGGUGACACCGCCCCCAGAGUGAAAUCUGUAGCCAUCGACUUUCUUCUUGAAAUGGGCGACUACGAGGAUGUUAAGGCUGUUCAAGCGAUGCUCCACAUCAUCCUCCGACCUUUCCCCGAGUCAACAAAUCCAAGGCUUGCUCAGGGUCGCUGCGAGCUUGUGGAGCAGCUUGUAGCGAGGUUUCCGCCCUUGAGCCAAAGCGAUCCACUGUUCGAGCACAUGAUGGCGUUUGCCAUCCGAGCCCUGUCUCACCCGUCACUACAAGUACGCGAGGUGGCUGAGCAGAUUCUCCUUUCGCUUUACCGGCUGCUGGGUACGCCUGUGCGCCAGUGCCUCGUUCCCGAGUCCACAAAGACCUCUAGGAACUUCACAUACAAGAAGGUCUUCGAAGAGUUCGAGAAGAUUGACAAGGAGCCCGGGAGCGCCCAGCGACCGCCACGGCGGCAGCGGUCAGCGUCGGCUGACAGCCCCAGUUCGGGCUCCGGCCGCCGGGACUUCGUGAAGGAAGUUGCCGCGCCGUCCAGCCGGUCACUACAGGAGCUACCCAAGGCAUCGCAGCAGGAUCAAUCGACACUCAACUUGGACAAGAUGUGCAUGUUCUGUGAAGAAACCAACGAGAAAUUCAACGCGGAGACUCUCAACUACCACUACUGGACGGAGUGUCCCAUGCUUAUGCUCUGCUACAACUGCAAGCAGGUCGUGGAAAUCUCUGGACUCACAAGGCACCUCCUUGAAGAAUGUGUCUCUCGCAGUCAAUAUAGGCUUUGCAUCCGCUGCAAGGAAGCGAUCGCCAAGACCCGCUUUGACGGACACGUCAAGCUGAAAACAUGCGUCCUGGCCAAGCCUCCCCAUCAGGCCAAUCACUGUCCACUUUGCCACCAGAACUUCGCACCAGGUGACGACGCCUGGAAAGUGCACCUCAUGAGUGAAGUGGGCUGUGCGUUCAACCCGAGGAGGAGGAACAAGUUCUUCCGGUGGCGUUCCGGUUCGGUUUGGGAGCCCGAGUACAGUGUGACAGUGCCGGACAGCAUGGCCGGGAAACUGAAGAUCCUAGGUGCGCUGCCACCCGAGUACCGCCAGUACACGUUGCACCACUCGCGCAGCAAGUCAGAGCCAGCGCCAGCCAAACGCAGCUCUGGCACACAGACCAACGACGAAGACGACGAGCCCAAGGCCCAGUGACGGAAGCCGCGGCGUUAAUUAUGCAAGACAGCUGCGCGUCCGGACGGCUCACGGGACCUGUUGUCAUAUUUGUAGGCUAGAUAUCUCCAACGGGUGGACAAAUUGCGCUCUUUACAGCAUUAGCAAGUGAAGCCGUGUGUUGGUUUUCAAUUAUAAGGUGUCUUACAAAGGAAAUCAGGUUAAAGGAAGGCUAUCGGGCGUGGUGGACGUUUCCCGGCGAUGUUUAUUCACUGUAGAUGGAAGGAAAAGAAAGAAGAGGCAGAUGGAACAGAGCAGGGGUUUCGUUCUUUUAUGGCGACAUUAAAACGCGUAGGCACUUUUAACACAUCCUGUCGGUCCCACGGAUGGAUUAGCCAGGCCAGUAGCAGAGAACAACGAAUAGGUGACGCAACUCGUUCUAUUUAUCGCCAUGCCAACGACCAUGUGUCCGCAGUAAUCGGUUUUUCUACUUGAUCAACAAACACUGCAUCUCGCACAUUUUCCCGUAGGCACCUCUCCUACUUUGCUUCCGAAGCCAACAGCAGCGUUUAGCACACGAUGGUUCUUAACACAGAGUUGGUGCAACUCUGUACACCUGCUGCUGUGAACGUUGCACACCGCCUUUUGUAAUCGUUCACCUUGCCCGUUCGACUACUGCAGUAGAAACAAACGUAGGUCUCAUAAGAUGAUCUAACUGCCAUGAAGAAUAUCGAAGGAAGCAUUUUUGCGACGGCGAGCAGCUAAGUAUAUAUUGUUCGGUCAAGUGGUGAAGACGUUCAGAUGCCGUGUUCAUCUUAUCGCGCACAAUAUUUUAGACGGGUGUCUUAUAAAAGACGUUCCUGAUGAACCACUGAUUCCUUCCUUCGCGCCUUCUCAGGAAUUGUCUCGACAACACAACGGCAGCCGUUGCCACGAUUCGGCUUGAACCUAAAAAGGCUUUUGCUGCACGUUUUGCUCGACACCCAAUUUCUUCUUCGCCAAAAAGGAAAGACGAGUGUAAAAGCAAGAACAAUAAUAUAAACGAUUCUACGCACGAGAAAUGAACUACAGCCGUCUUAUAGUCGUUUGUGCAGACAAUAGGUCGUUAGGGCAGUGGUGAGGAUAACGCUGCUUAAUUUAUAAAAGAGGUAUGUCAACGCAUCUUGUAAAAAUGAACCCCAAACAGAGAAAAUGUUACAAAUACCACGCGUCCUUUGUUAACAUUGUCGCGUUGAGGUGUCCACGGCCGUCACAAAUUUGAUUUGCGAUUUUCAACGACUUAGUGAAAAAGAAAAAAAGAAAAUCAUGUUUUUUUAAAAAAGCAGUGCACAACUUUGUUUAAAGGCACAUAUGUUCUGCGGAAUUAUAAAAGCUGGGAAAAAAGUUAGUUAAUACAUUACACAUGUAGCAAUUAAAAAAGCAAUGUGAUAGCUGUGUCGCACUGUCAUAAAGAAUGUGAUUAUCUGUCCA